UUAUAGUUUUUAUUCUACUGUCAGUUAUAGCUCGAAAUUUGAAUUUCAGUUUCGAAGUGAUGAAUGAACUUAUUUAUAUAUUUUCUCAAAUAUAACGGAAAAAGUAGUAGGUUGACCAAUGUGUGAGCCAAAUUUUUAUCUACCUCAAACCGUUAGCGCCAUUUUCAAAUCUGAAGCGGAUGCAGUCGAAAUAGAUAAUAAAACAGAUCGUGUCAAUGAACAACAAAGUGCAGAACAUCAAACGAACUACUACAGGGUUCUUCCAUUGUUGUCUUAUAAAAAUGACCAUCACAAAGAGGUUUUGUCGUUAAAGGAGAACGAAUAUUUACGAUUGCGCUGGCAAAAGUUUUUAUCGGACAAACCAACUGAAUAUAUACGCAUUCGCCUCUAUAGAGACCAAAUGAAAACGGAAAAAGUUAUAUGCAUACACAUCUACAUAUAUAUAAUAUUAUAACUCCCCGUCCAAUGCAGUUAAACGGGCGUUUCUAUGGUGUCGAUAACAAACUAUCACCAGCUCCUAUAAUUCCUGAUCCUAGAAUGAUUUGAAUCAGUCCAACACAGAAAAUAGACUGAGCAUUUCGUUUUAGUUAGCUGUGGAUUUAUUUAGAUACAUACAAACAAACAUAUGUACGUGUGUAUGU